ACACCUGAGUCCCAUUAACCAACCAUGACGGAGAGGGAAACUUUUUAAAAGGGCUGCACUGGCCUUGCUGUGUUUUUCAGGUACUUGAUUUGGUAGCAGGUGACAGAAGGUGCAGAGUUUGCUGCUUCCUACAGCUGAAGCCAUGGGUUUUCUAGUAAUAUGGUGCAUGCUGUUCUUGUUAGUCAUGGGAGGACCUCAAAUAAAUGAUCAGAAGGUGCUUGUUGCAGAUGAUCGAUUGGAUUUAAGUAGUCUUAACUCUGGGAAUGACACUUUGUAUGGCAGUGAGACAUUUGGAAAUCAUACAUCGCCCUUGAAUACAAAUAACCACAACACAACUAUGUCCUCCACUAACCAGUAUCACUCUGAAUCUGAAACCCUAAAACAGAAUGGCUCUGUGUCCAAAGAACCAAAGUCUGGUGUUCAGCCCCUACCAAAUCCACGGGCAUCUCAACCACGUCAGUGCAAACCCAAACAGUCACAGGUGCCCCAGCAACAACUAAAAGCUUCCUGCCCACCCAAGAAGCAGCCUUCAUGCCGACCCUGUCCGCCCCAGGGGCCUAGCUGCUGGCCCUGCCCACACAAGGAGCAGUCUGCCUGCCGGCCUUGCCCAACCUUGAGCUGCCAGCUAAAGCAGCCCCAAAAGCCAGAGUUGUCUGAGCAUGUUGGUGACCCAGCACUGUAUCAGCCUCAGGUGACCCAGCAGACUGGUUUGCAUCCACCCAGUCUACAUCAGGUGACCCAGCAGACUGGUUUGCAUCCACCCAGUCUACAUCAGGUGACCCAGCAGACUGGUUUGCAUCCACCCAGUCUACAUCAGGUGACCCAGCAGACUGGUUUGCAUCCACCCAGUCUACAUCAGGUGACCCAGCAGACUGGUUUGCAGCCACCCAGUCUACAUCAGGUGACCCAGCAGACUGGUUUGCAGCCACCCAGUCUACAUCAGGUGACCCAGCAGACUGGUUUGCAGCCACCCAGUCUACAUCAGGUGACCCAGCAGACUGGUUUGCAGCCACACCAUCCACCCAGUCCCUCUCAGGUGAGCCGGCAGACUGGUGUGGAUCCACCCAGCAUCCCUCAGGAGAGCCGGCAGCCUGGUGUGCAUCCACCCAGCUUCCCUCAGGAGAGCCGGCAGCCUGGUGUGCAUCCACCCAGCGUCCCUCAGGAGAGCCGGCAGCCUGUUGUGCAUCCACCCAGCGUCCCUGAGGAGAGCCGGCAGCCUGUUGUGCAUCCACCCAGCGUCCCUGAGGAGAGCCAACAGCCUGUUGUGCAUCCACCCAGCGACCCUGAGGAGAGCCGGCAGCCUGUUGUGCAUCCACCCAGCGACCCUGAGGAGAGCCGGCAGCCUGUUGUGCAUCCACCCAGCGACCCUGAGGAGAGCCAGCAGACUGGUGUGCCUCCACUCAUUACGCCUCAGGUGACCCAGCAGAAUGGUUUGCAUCCACCUCAUCUGCCUCACUUACCACAGCAGACUGGUUUGCAUCCAUUCACCCAGUCUAUCUCAGGUGACCCGGCAGACUGGUUUACAUCCACACCAUCUACCCAGUCUAUCUCAGGUGACCCAGCAGACUGGUUUACAUCCACACCAUCUACCCAGUCUAUCUCAGGUGACCCAGCAGACUGGUUUACAUCCACACCAUCUACCCAGUCUAUCUCAGGUGACCCAGCAGACUGGUUUGCAUCCACCUCAUCUGCCUCACUUACCACAGCAGACUGGUUUGCAUCCACACCAUCUACCCAGUCUAUUUCAGGUGACCCGGCAGACUGGUUUACAUCCACACCAUCUACCCAGUCUAUUUCAGGUGACCCAGCAGACUGGUUUACAUCCACACCAUCUACCCAGUCUAUUUCAGGUGACCCAGCAAACCAGUUUGCAUCCACACUUUCAACUUCAGGUGACAAAGCAGACUGGUUUACAUCCACAGCAUCCACAUCAGGUACCCCAGCAAACUGGUUUGCAUUCACACUCUCUGCCUCUGGCAAUGCAGCAGAAAGGCUUCCCACCCCUGCAUCCUCAGCCACCACAGGGCCCUCAGCAGGCUGCCUUUCUGCCCCAGUACCCCCAUCCACAGGUUCCCCAGCAGGCUGUCUUUCCAUCCCUGCACCCCCAUCCGCAGGUGCCCCAGCAGGCAGUCUUCCCGCCCCUGUACCUCCAUCCGCAGGUGCCCCAGCAGGCAGUCUUCCCGCCCCUGUACCUCCAUCCGCAGGUGCCCCAGCAGGCAGUCUUCCCGCCCCUGUACCUCCAUCCGCAGGUGCCCCAGCAGGCAGUCUUCCCGCCCCUGUACCUCCAUCCGCAGGUGCCCCAGCAGGCAGUCUUCCCGCCCCUGUACCUCCAUCCGCAGGUGCCCCAGCAGGCAGUCUUCCCGCCCCUGUACCUCCAUCCGCAGGUGCCCCAGCAGGCAGUCUUCCCGCCCCUGUACCUCCAUCCGCAGGUGCCCCAGCAGGCAGUCUUCCCGCCCCUGUACCUCCAUCCGCAGGUGCCCCAGCAGGCAGUCUUCCCGCCCCUGUACCCUCAGCCUCAGCCCAUGCCUCAGCAGACAUAUUACCAAUUCAAGCAGCUUCUGGAAGCCCAAUGGCCCCAACGGCCACUCUACCAGCUCCAGGCCAAGCAGCCACGCCACCAGCCUUUCAUGUCACACUACCAAUCCCGAUUGCCAAGCUACAGUCCCAAGGUGCCACUGUACCAGGCCAAGAAGCUUCAGCACCCCCGCAGAUCAGAUACCAACCUUAACGAUUUCAGAGCUUCAUGUCGGCACAUCAUCCUUGUGUUGAAGCAGAACCUGAGGGGAGCAGGGCACUGCAGUGUGGAACCCGCUGGACUAUUGGACUGACCUUUCAAAUGAACGUUUAGUUUGUGCUUUAGUCUUGAAUACCUGAUGUUUUGUAUGAUCUGUUUGAUGCCAAGUUUCUGAGAACCUUUGAAUGUUUUAAACAUGAAUCUUGAGGUUUGGUUUAGCUCAUGUUUUUGUUGUUGUUGUUUUUGUUAAGCCUGUGCAAAAAAUAAUCCACAUUCAACCAACACACCAGUGCUUUUCUCAGAUUUGUAGAUAUUCUUUGGUAAAUGGUGAAAAGCUGAUACCAAAACAGUCUCUGCAUUCUUUGAGAAACGCAUGUUGCAUCAUAACUGUUGUGACACACGGGGGUUUAUGGUACCCACAUCCAAUCUAUUUAAGAUUUUCUCUAUUUUAUGAUUGUGAUUAAUGGUUCUUAGAGGUUCUUUAGAUUUAUAAAGGUCUUAAAUUAGUGCACCUGUUUAGUAUAAGCUUGGUGGGGUAAGUGGGACCAGGUGCCCAGUUUCCCCAUGAAGCAGCCAAACAUUUAAAAUGCAAGUAUACCAAGCUGGGAGGCAGCACGUGCACAAGAAGCUACUGCAAUCUCUCAAUUUUUGCUCAAGCUGCAAAGCUGCUGGUGUCUGCUUUCCAGGUACAGCUUAAAUACUAACCAAAUCUGAAAGAGCACUGGACAAAGAUGGGAGUGUGUGUGAUUAAACUUUGCAGAUUAUUUUUAAUCCCUGUAUUCUCACUGUAACACUGAACAUGCCUAGUUUCUGUCAUUUGAACCAUUGUCAUCUGAAUUUGUCAUAUUAAAUUAAUAUAAAAGGUA